AUGGCAAGGCAAAAGCCCUCCAAUUCAAAGCAUGUCCUUUACACUACCCAGUCUAGGCCGAAAAAAAGGCAAGGUCCUGCUUCGUCGCCUGUUGGAAAUGGAAGCCCGGAGCAGUCCGCCGGCAGUAGUUCAGUCACUGCUUCAAGACGUCCAGAAAACAACUCGCCUGUGGAGGGCGCUGGAACGGUCGAACAAUCUCGUACUCCGCAACCGGCCCGGCCUGUCGCCCGGCCAUUGAUACCGACCAGACCAGCCACGUCGACUCCGACAAGAUCUGAUCAGAUCUUGGCGCCAUUGGAUUUAACCCCAGUAAACCGUCAACAAGCAACUGCUAGUGCCAGUAGUAUAAACUAAACUCCCCAGCCGCUCUCACAAGUAUGGAGCAGAUAAAACAGUUCUUCUGAGUUCUUCGCCACCCAAGGGGAGUUUAAUAAACAACUGGAGCAACGACUGGAAGAGUUAAAACAUCAAACCUUGGGGAAAAGAUCGAAACAAGUUCAGCGCCCUAGAAAGGAAUUAUCGGUAAGUGAACAAUAGGGCCAUUUAUUCCAGGAAAAAUAAGACGCGUCUUAAAUAAGACGCGAACUUUCCGUAAAAACGGCACAUUUCGUCUAAAAUAAGACGUGGCUUAGCUAAGACGCCUCUUAUUAGAUAAGACAUGCUCGUAUAAAUGGUACAGUUCGCGUCUUAUUUAAGACGCGUCUUAUGUAAGACGCGUCCUAUUUUUCCUCGUAUAAAUGGCCCUACCCAUUCAUGUAAAGCUUCCUGAGCUUAAUGGCUGUCUGCCAAUAUGUUUGACCUAGCCUAUGGCCUGUUCCAUCGAGCAAGCACAAAAAUAAAAAUAAAAAUCGUGUUAGAGUUAAGUCUUAUCAUUCAUGGAUUUAUUGUCGCGCCACUGGUAUCAUUCAUAGAAAAUUUGACUCCCUCCCCCUAAGGACGAAAAUUUUGGGGGGGAGUUUAUUUUUGCGGAUUGGCGGUUUUUUGUGUUUUGCGGGAACUAAUUUUUGCGAUUAGAAAACAUUGAUUUUUUCCCACUGGGAAUUAAUUUUUUUGUGAGUUUUAAAAAGAACCCAGCAUUCAUAAUAUUUUCAAUUUUGUUAAAUGUUUUUGUUAUAAUAAUAAUAAUAAUCAACUUUAUUAUUAUAAACACCAAUGAAAUACCAAGUGAGCUUUUGCGCGAAAACUUGAUAUCUUCACAUGAGAAAAUAACAUGUUAUCUUCACGUGUGAAAAUAUCACCAUUGCUAUGGCUUCAUAAUAAACCGCACCUUUGAGACCCAAAAACCAUUUAAGGAAAAUGGUUUGGCAUUUCAUUGGUGUUUAUGUAAUAAAUAGAACAUGACAUGGUUGCUUGGAGAUACAAAAUUUCUCUUCUUGUGUUGAAAAAAUUAUACAAAAAUGUAUAAGAUUAUAUAGGUAUGAUCUGAAGGAAAACAAAAAUAAUUUACCUUGAGUUAACAACAACAGCAACAACAAUCUUUAUUGUGCUCUUGAUGCAAAAGUGUAAAGACAUUAAAGGGAAAUAAUUGUGAAUAAAAGAGAGCACAGCCAAUAAGAAAUAGCAAAAGCUAAUCGUGCCAAGUGGCUGGGCCAUGCGGAAAAGUAACUAGAUAUCAAAGUUGUUUAAAAAACAUCUUGCUGGCUGACUGCUGAAUUUCAAGUUAUCGAGGGUAGAAUUACAGUAAAUAUAGGAAGGAAAUCCAGCGGAAAUCAAUUUGAUUCAAGUUAGUGUGAAGUUCGAGUCAGCAAGGGAUUGAGAUGGGGACCAAGUGUAAAACGUUCAAAGUUACUGGUACGAAGGAUUAAUAGUUCUACUUUCUAGUAUUUUGCUGCCUGAAAGUUUCGUUUCGCUUUCUGUUUUUGAUACAGUUUGUUUGCUUUAUUGGUUAUUAGCUUAUUGUUCUAUCUGUUUCCCUGACUGUUUCCUUGUUAAUUCAUCCUUUAUAAGGCUCAUGUGAGGGACGUCUAUUGUUCACUGACCAGUGAGGAUGGGGAAGAUGUUAAAUGGGAUCUUUCACAAGAGUAAGUUAAGGUUCUUAUCAUUUUUAUUUCUGUUGUUGUUUUUUUUAUAUCAGGUUGCCAGGUCACUAAUUGAGAUGCUUAAGUUAUGCAGUGUUUGUUUUGAGCUUUUUUGUUGUUGCAGCUCAUAAACUGUAUUAAAAAAAAAUACAAUGGUUUUAGCCAAAAAGCAAACUUCUAUCGCUAUUUUUAAAGGAAAAGCUACCGUGUAUUGUAUACAAACUCUUAAUUUAUUAGGAGUCACAAGUCUUUCUCAUAUGCACCCCUUCAGUAUCAAAAUAAUAUGGGAUUACCUUAAUUUGGGAUCUUGCGCACAAAAAGAACCCUCUUUCCAGAAAAAAAUACUUUGCUUAGCCACUCAGUUCUCACACAAUUUUUGCCAUCAAAUUUAGCUUUAAUCACAGAAAUAACCAGGUUGUACAUGCAGCUAUUAUAGAUGAAGUGCGAAGCACAGGCAUUUCUGCAACAGUAUCGCUCAUAAGGGGUAAGUGUAUUCCUGCACUCUAAUUUCCCAGAUUUGGCUCUGUAGAAUAUAAUAAUAAAAUUACAGUAGAUCAUAUGUAUUAAUAUGGUGGAAAAUUACAGGAAUCUUUGUCCAACUUGAACCUCGAGUCUUCUGGGGUGGAUCCAGGAUUUUAGCAUAAGGGGUUCAAUGAAAAGGCAAGGCGGUCACCUUUCUUUUUGCAUCAAAAUAUCACUGAAAGCAGUGAAACAACGAUGCAAAUUUGCAUUUGUAAAACUAUGAUAAUUAAAAAACUAUGAUAUUUUCAAUUUUGUGUUUCGUCGAACAUGGGAUCAACAAGAAGCAUUCUUCGGUAUCUUUCCGCAAAAAACUGAACCACAGCAUCGUAGUCAAUGGGCUUUUCGUAAUGAAUGUUCAUCAUAGCCAAGCCUAACAGUCUUUCUGUUGUCAUGGUGGAAUCCUUUGACAAGCUUCAAAGCUGUACCUUUUUCUCCCUUGUUGUCAGCUGAAGUGACUGGUAUAGUGCAAGCAAUUCGCAGCAAACAGUUAAUGUUAAGGAAAAUGUCAGUGAAACAAAAAUGUAUUUGUUUCUUAUGGAGAAAACGUUUUAGCUUUAUUGAGCAGUAGAGGCUUUAUUUUACAUUUUUACAAGUUUCCGAUGUUGGCUGUUUUAAUUUAGGGGUUCGAACCCCCGAAACCAUAAACCCCCAGAUCCACCACAUUUCUUGGUCCUUUUAAGAAAUUAUUUUUUUACUUAUGGUGAUAGCAGUCAACAAUUUUUAUUUCUGUUUUCCUGAAUGACAGCUGCUAUUAGGACCCACUUUAAGACCAAGAAGAGGCAGAAAAAAAUCAAACAAGGCAACAAGGAGAAACAAGUCCUGAAAGAGCAGCGAAUCAGGAGCAGAAAGAAUACAGUAAAUACAGUGAAACCUGUAUUAAGCGAACACCCUCUAUUAAGCGGACAGUAGCUAAAGUCCCAGAAUUUAUUUCCCUUAUUUGCUUUAAAUGAAACCUUUAUUAAGUGGACACCUCUAUUAAGCGGACGCGGACACCUAAAAAGUACCUGAAAUGGACAUUUCUAUUGUUACCAACGUGUAUCAAACGGACACUUGUAAUCAAAUGCCACCACCCAACAUGGCAGACACCGGAAAUGCGAAGAUUGCCUCGAAUUGCCACCCACAAAUGUUUCUAUUUUUACAUUAAAAACGUGACUUGACAAACAUAUUUGGUUAGUUUCAUAGUACAGUACUGUUUUCUAUUUCGUUUUGUUUGUAUAGAGCUUGUUUCACUCAUCUGAUUUCUUCAAAUUUGAGUUGCAGUCUAUGUUUAUGGUAUUAUGAUCAACUGAUCCACUUUGAUAAAGAAAUUAAUGCAAACAUAUAUCGUCAAAGUCUCUGAGAGUGUUCUUAACCUUUCCACUGUUCACUUAAAUGGCGUUUGACACCUCAUAUGACGUUAUUUAUCGAAACCUGUAUUAGACGGCCACACCUGUAUUAAGCGGACAUUACAGCAUUCCCCGAGGGUGUCCGCUUAAUACAGGUUUCACUGUAUACAGUGUAAAAAAGUUCCUUGUUACUCUCAAGCCAUUACAGUGAAGCCAGGUCAAGUGUAUUCCCAAGAUUGCAUUAAAAUUAAUGAAUUUACUAUAGGAAAGUGGAAUCAGUUGAUAGUUUUAGAUUUUAGCUAGUUUCCAGCAUAUGUAGUGAGCAGUGAAAUUUACAGUCUAGGUUAAGUUUUUUUUAAUUUCUGCCAGCUCAGUUUUGUUGAAAUUGUUGUAAAUGCCUUUUGAUGGUCUCACUCAUAAAUCAUUUUUGUUUGUUACAGAAACGACUAAAGAGACAAAAGGCACUUGUACAAUCGACAUCCAUUCCGAAUGAGGAGAAGAGAAGAUUUAAAGAUUGUAUGAAUGUAGAAUACAUGUCUUCAGAACAUUCUGUCUCUGAAGACAAUGCAGAUGAAGAAAACAGCUCUGAGGAUGACAAUGUCCCCAAGAAAAAGGUGCUCUGUAGGAGGCCUCUUCCUUGGAGGAGCCAAGAACUGAACAACUUUUUUGUAAAGCUGGACCGGAAAGCAAACCGUAAAAGGUCCCAAAGAAGUGCCUCAAUGAUGAUAGAGAGGAAGGAUGGCUCCCCCUCAGAGAGAGAGGCACCAGAUGAUGCCCCUGAAUUUGCUCUGUCGUAA